AUGUGACAGGUGACACAUAGAUGAAUGUCAUCUCUUACAGCCUGCACCAUGUGGAUGAUUCCAGGGCAGAACCAAAGCUGGGUUUCUGAGUUUAUCCUGCUUGGCCUCUCCAGAGACCCUACUACCAAUAGCAUCCUCUUCACUGUGUUCCUUCUCAUCUACCUGAGCUCAGUCAUGGGCAAUGGGCUCAUCAUCAUGCUGAUCUGCAUGGACACACAGUUGCAUAUGCCCAUGUACUUCUUCCUCUGCAUCCUCUCCCUGUUAGAUAUGGGCUAUGUCACCACCACCAUGCCGCAGAUGUUGGUGCAUCUUCUUGCUCACUCUCAGACCAUCUCAUUUGCUGGAUGUUGGCUGCAGAUGUAUGUGUUUAGUGCCCUAGGUAUAACUGAGUGUAUCUUCUUUGUUGUCAUGGCUUAUGACAGAUAUGUGGCCAUUUGCCACCCACUGCGUUAUACCAUUAUCCUCAACUGGGGACUGUGCAUACAGUUGGCAGCUGGGUCUUGUGUCUGUGGUUUCCUCUCUGCUUUGUUACAUACUUUCUACACCAUGAGUCUUCCAUAUUGUGGGCCCAACAAGGUCAACCACUACUUCUGUGAAGGUCCUUCAGUGUUUAGCCUGGCUUGCAUGGAUACUCAACUCACUGAGAUGGUAGACCUGGUCUUGAGUGUUUUUCUGAUUGUUACUCCCAUUUGUCUGAUUGUGGCCUCCUACAUUCGUAUUGUCAUGACAAUUCUCAAGAUCAAGUCUACACAGGGUCGCUGCAAGGCUUUCUCUACCUGUGCCUCCCACCUAACUGUGGUCACACUCUUCUAUGGUCCAGCUUCUUACAUCUACAUGAGGCCCAACUCCAGCUACUCCCCUGAGAGAGACAAGCAGAUCUCACUCUUUUACAAUGUCUUCACAGCCUUACUCAACCCAAUGGUCUACAGUAUGAGGAACAAAGACAUCAAGAAAGCAUUACUCAAGGUGAUGAGGAAUGGGAGAGUGAACUAG